UCGAGCCUCGGCCUCUCUAUAUAUACCCGCCAACCCGGGCGCCCCGGCCGCUGCCGCCAGAAAUCCCAGUUCCCCCAUAUCUAUCGACACUCAACCCUCGAUCCUCCAGGCCAGCCAGGAAGGGAGAAGGGGGAAAUGGCGGCGGCGAUGGGCGCGGUGCGGGUGCUGUGCGGCGCGGAGAAGGAGCGGGUGGUGGGAACGCACAAGGCGCCCGGGGCGUGCCCACGCUGCGGCAGCGCCGUGGUGGCCGUGGACGUGGAGAGCGAGCGGCGGAUCCUGGGCCUGCCGCUGUGCCUCAAGAGCAAGCGCAAGUACUCCUGCACCAGGUGCUUCCGCCGCCUCGUCACCCUCUACAGCUAGCUGAGCUGAGGAACAAGCUAAGCUAGCAGCGGCUGAUCCAUUCAUUGGUGGUCGAUGAAGAUCAAGCUCCGAUGGCUCGGCUCAAUCGAUCGACCUUAGCUCAUGUGACCGGGAGAAGUUAGUAGCUAGUAAUUAGCUUCAGCUUCAGCUUCAGCUUCUUGAUUAAGGCUAACCAUCUUUCAAGCCGUGAUGGAUGAUGUGUAUUGUGUUCUUCUAGCUGCUUGGAAUAACUAAUUAGAAUGUCUCCCGCCGGCACAACCGGCAGUCACCAGAGGGCUAGAGGUGGCUGCAGGCAACGAGCGAGUGUGGAACAGCACGAGAUGCUGUCGUCGCCAUCUCUGCUUGGAAUGUAAAUUACAGUACCUAAGUACAGCUUUCGAAAGUUUCUCACAACAAGGUUGCCGUAGUAGUGAGGUGCUCGCUCAGCUUGGAAUGCAUGCAUGAGAUGAUCCAGGCUUUGUGCAAUUGUGGGAUGAAUGAUGAAAAUGCAAUAUGCUGAAUUCGGAAUA